UUGACACAUGACCCCCGCCAGCUACUUGUACAGUGAGACAUGAUGGAGUUUUCACUCUUUCAAAGGUUGUUCCGAGGAGGUUUUCACACUUAAAAACCCCGUAGAAACAACUUUAUUUUGAGAGAGAAAUGUCUCCUCGGCGCAGGCAGAGCGCAGCUCGGAGAGGCGGAGACGGUUUUUUUCUCUGAGAAGGGACAACAGCCGCAGUUGGGGAAAAAUGUGUUGUCAUCUCCGUGCAGUCAACAAAUAUGGCUCCUUCUCCCGUCUCCUCCACUCCGGCGUGAGCGCGUCCCCACUCGGGCCGAGCGGGACAGUUUGGGAGAGUCCGAAGUGAAGUAGUUGUUUUCCGGGGAAAGCUGGCUCCGUCCCGCCGCGGGUUCGGCCGUAGCGACGCGGGGCUGGAGGAGGAGCGGGGAUCUGCGGGGAUCCGCGGGGGGAGAUGGAGCCCCAGCACCGGGAGCUGCUGGAGAAAUGUUUCCCGGAGCUGCUGGAGUCCGUGACGGACGCGGACCGGGUGGUGGAGGCGCUGGCGCACCGCGGGACCCUCAGCCAGCCCGAGCGGUACGAGCUGGCGCACAAGUGCUCGUCCAACUCCGAGAAAGUGCAGCUGCUGCUGAAGAUCCUGCUCGGCAAGGACAGGGACUAUUUCGGGGAGUUUCGCUCGGCCCUGGAGGAGACGCACCCUCACCUGCACGCUGCCCUGCUCCCCGCAGCGGGAGACCGCAGCACCGGGUCCACUUACAGCGUCUUGUCCACCAUGCCAUCUGAUUCAGAAAGCAGCAGCUCCCUCAGCAGCUUAGGUACUCCCGGUCAAGCCUCCUCCCCGUCGCCUGCCCACACCGACACUCACCAAGUGAACGAGAAGAUGGAAACGCUGCUGUUCCAGCUGAGAAAUGUGACUCGUGAAAGGGAUGAACUCCGCAAACGCUUGGCCCUCUCUUCACCCGGAACCACCUUUGAUGACUGCAGACCAAACUCAAAAGCAGGUCAUGACUACGAACGUCUAAAGCUGCAGUGCGUGAAAGCAAUGACAGACCUGCAGUCCCUGCAAAACCAGCAUAGCACCACCCUAAAGAGGUGUGAGGAGGCUGUGAAGAAAGCAGACUUCUAUCAUACUCUGCACGGCCGUCUGGUGGGGGAGCACAGCCAGCUGAAGGAGGAGCUGGACGCGGUGAGACAGCACGGCACCCAGCUGGUCCGAGAGCACAACCAUGUGAAGCAGGCCUGCGAGGAGAUGAAGAGGCUGCGUGAAGAUGACCAGAGGGAAAUGUCCGACAUGAGGGUACUGCACCAGCAGGUCAUGAAUGAGGGGUCAUCAGAUGUCCUUAACAAGCUGUAUGACACAGCUAUGGACAAGUUGGAGGCAAUGAAGAGAGACUACGAGGCUCUGAGGAAAUGCUACAAUGACAAAACAACCAGCCACAAUGCAGACAUGAGUCGUUUGGACCAGGCUGAGGAGGAGAACCACCGGCUGCAGAAGAAGCUGGACAUCCUGCUGAAGCAGAGAGAUGCUGCUAUCCACUAUCAGCAGCACUGCUCAUCCUCCUUCAGAGGGUUUGACAACAUGCAGCAAGACCUGUCCAAGGCCUCAAUUCAGAAUAAGGAACUGCAGAGAGAGAUGGAGCGGCUGCAGUCGGACAUGACGCGGCUCAAGACUCAGCAGCUCAAGGCUGUGAAGGACUGUGAGAAAUACAAGGAGGAGCGGGACUCCGUGAUCAGCGAGUAUCGCUUAAUCAUGAGUGAGAGGGACCAGGUGAUCAAAGAGGUGGACAGGCUUCAGACGGGGCUGGAAAUGGCCGAGGCGAAGCUCAGGAACAACUCCUCAGAGAGAAGAGUGACCAAUGACGAGCUGGAGGCUCUCCGACAGGAACUGGCGUCUGCGCUGGUGGACAGGGAUAGAGCGAUCUGUGAAAAGAAUGAGCUGCUGGAGAAAUACUGCCAUGAGGUGAAGGACAAGACCGAAGCCCAAAAGGAGCUGAACCAGGCCUGCAAGGACAUUGAGACGGUUCGCGAAGAGAGGGACGUGGCUCGCAAAGAGAGGACAGAGGCCAUUAUUCAGAGGGACCAGCUGCUGCGGGAGUAUUACCAGGCUAGACAGAAACAAGACUCUGCCACUCUGGACAUGGAACGAGCCAACAAAGAGAUUGAAAUGCUGAGGAAGCAGUGUGAGGCCAUCUCUCAGGAGCUGAAGGAAGCUGUACAGGAGGCCGAGGUCGCCAAGUGCCGACGGGACUGGGCCUUUCAGGAGAGGGACAAGAUAGUGGCAGAGCGGGAGAGCAUACGCACCUUGUGCGACAACCUGAGACGAGAGAGGGACCGAGCUGUGAGUGAUCUGGCGGAUGCUCUGAGGAAUCUGGAUGACAUGAGGAAGCAGAAGAAUGAUGCAGUGCGGGAACUCAAAGAGCUAAAAGAAAAGUUGGACGACCAGUUGGAAAAGGAAGCGAGAUAUCGCCAGCUAAUGGCUCACAGUUCACACGAUUCAGCCAUAGACACAGACUCGGUGGAAUGGGAGACGGAAGUUGUAGAGCUGGAGAAGCAUAGAGAUAUGGAUUUGAAAGCACUGGGGUUUGAUAUUGCUGAAGGGAUAAAUGAUCCCCAUUUAUCAGGAGAUAGUGGCAUAUUUGUCUCUAAGGUGGAUAAAGGAAGUAUUGCUGAAGGGAGAUUAAGGGUGAAUGAUUGGUUGUUGAAAAUUAACGACGUGGACCUGACCAAUAAGGACAGGAAACAGGUGAUUAAAGCUGUGCUGAGCGGGGAGGGAGUGAUCAAUAUGGUGGUUCGUCGAAGGAAAUCACUAGGAGGACGAAUUAUCACUCCAAUCCAGAUAAACAUGGCGGGACAAAAAGACAGUGGUAUCAGUUUGGAAAGUGGAGUGUUUGUUGCCUCUUUGGCAGCAGGAAGUCCUGCUGCCCGAGACUGUAAUCUUACUGUUGGUGACAGACUGUUGGCUAUCAAUGGAAUUGAACUUGAUAGCAAGUCGCUCUCUGAAUGUGAGUCUCUGUUGAAGAACUGCAGCAACUCUCUCAGUAUCUCCCUUAUGAAGUUUUUCCCACAGAGUUUUUCGGGUCAGAAUUUAUGUGAAACUUUGCGAGACUCAGAAAAGGGACUGAGGCUCCAGACAAGCGAGAUCCACAGCAGGAACUGCAGGAACUCUAAGCACAACUCCUCCACCCAAACAGACAUUUGCAGCUGUAACUUGGGCAGCAGAGAGGACGAACUAUGUCGAGAUACAUGCGACUCUCCGCAAAACAACAACAACAGCAGUGCUCAUUCCCACCACAGAGCCUUUUCUCACAUCUCCCAGCACUCCCGGUCCUUCUCCACUUCCCACAGUCCUACAGAGCCCCACCCAGACUUCUGCUACCGGAGGCAGGACCUCCACCAUCGUCCCCUCACCUUUACCCCCGUUUUCACCAACUGCAGUUCUCCUCAAUCAGCAGCGGACCAAGUGCAGAGCUCACCCGUGAAACUCAGCGGAGGCACAUGGCCUAAAGUCAUAGUGGGAGCUUCCAUUCCCGAGUCCACCCAGCUUUCUAUAUACAAAAAGCCAAAGCAGAGGACGUCCAUCUUUGAUAUGAGUGGUUUCCGGAGGCCGGAGACGGCCCCUAAACUGGACUACUCGUCUCUGUCUCAGACGUCCAAGCACUCGCCACAGAGCUCCGUGUCUGAACCUGCUCAGACACCCCCCACCCCACCAGCCAGGAGCGACUCAUUUAGGUUUAAGCAUCGGCCACAGAAUAGCUCUGCUUCUGAAUCUACCAUCACUGCUGGCACGCCAUUGGCAUCCCCUGCCCAAGCUACAAACCCCCAGGACAAGGGGGAAGUGAGGAACCAGCUCUACUACACCACUGUUUCUUCAGCAGACGCCAUGAAGAGCUUCAAGAAAUCUGCCGGGGAGGAGGGGGUUCACCACAGGACAGAGGUGCAGCAAAAGAGGCGCUACCGACCAAAAUCUGCACCAGCACUACGACGAAAUGUGACCCCAUUGCACAUCCCUGUUCCCAUGCAGACACAGAGUUUCUCGAAUGAUGAACACUCCCCAGAGCCAGUGGACUUGUCACGCUUCUCUCCUUUGAGAACUAAUCGGUACAGCAUGCCCUUUGCACCCCCGAGCUACAGUAGCGCCACAGCACACCAAUCACAGCGAGGUUUGUCCCCUUGUCCCGCUGUGACAGAUGUCAUGAGGAACCCAGUCUACACGGCCUGGAGCCAUGAGGUCCAGACCAACAACUGUCCUCCAGCUCCCGGUCCCGGCUUCCACCUGUGUUCACAGAGCCCCCAACAUCAAGGUUGCCUUAGUCUGGACCUCAGCCACAAACGCAACGGAGACUUGAUUGAGAGAAUCUGCAGCCAGCCGCCACACAGCACCAACUCCUUGCCCUCUGGAGCCAGGCCUAGCUCCCCUGGUACUUUACCAUUUAGGGCAGAGCGUAUUAAGAUUCCUCCAGCUCGCUAUUCUCGCUCGACUGGAUCCGACAAAGGCUCUCUUUCACGUUCAGAGUGCAGCAGCCCGACGCCUCCAAUGUCCCCCGUCAACCUGGACAUAUCGUCUUUUUCCAGCAGCCAGUCGGAGAGCUCUCUCUCCGUCCAGCCCAGGAUAUCAGUCAGCCCUGCCCCGGUCGGUGACAGGCGGAGGGAUGGAUUUGUCUCUUUCUGCCCUUCUGUUAGACGUCUACAGACAGUAAAGCCCAAGUUCCUCUCUUUGAGAAGCUUGAGAAGGCCGUACCUGGGGGAGCCACGCAUCGUGACGGUACAGAAGGGAGCAGAACCGCUGGGCAUCUCCAUUGUGAGUGGAGAGAGCGGCGGCGUUUUUGUAUCCAAAGUGACAGCAGGCAGCAUUGCUCAUCAGGCUCAUUUAGAGUACGGAGACCAGCUUCUCGAGUUCAAUGGAAUCAACCUUCGCAACGCCAACGAGCAGCAGGCGCGGCUGGUCAUCGGGCAACAGUGUGACACGGUUACCAUUCUGGCUCAGUAUAAUCCUCACAUGUUUCAGUUGGGGAAUCACUCUCUUUCAGGUUCUCUAAUGGAGUCUGUCAGCAACCGGCCGACACCUCAAGACAGUGGCGCUACCACCCCAGACAAUCGCUCUACUGUUGACACGCUGAGUGAGCAGGACGAGGGCACAAUAACACCCCCAUCCAAGCAGACAACUCCUGCCAACAGUCCUCACAACUCUUUCAGGCUUCCAGCCUUAAUUAUACGCAGAGCCGCAGAGCCUCGUCUGGUGAGGCUGAAGAGGAUUAAUGCGGAGCUGGGGGUCCAGGUCUGCGGGGGAAACCUUUACGGCAUCUUUGUGGACACUUUGGAUGACGACAGCCCUGCUAAGAUUCCUGAUGGCCUGCUCCCUGGAGACCUCAUAUUGGAGUACAAUGGCGUCAGCAUGAAGAAUAAAUCUAAAGAAGAUGCUUACCUGGAAAUGUUGAAACCAGCUGAAACAAUCACAUUCAAGCUCCAGAACUGCGUGGACAGCCUUGCUGACAUCAAAGGGUCUCCUGGAGAUGGCUUUUUCAUAAGAGCACUUUAUGAGCGGGUGGCAGAUGCAGAGCAGGAACUAACUUUCAAGAAAGAUGACAUCCUGUAUGUUGAAGACACGCUACCAAAUGGCAAUUUUGGCUUCUGGAUGGCCUGGCAGCUUGAUGAGAACGCACAGAAGCUGGAGAAGGGGAAUAUUCCAAGUAAAUACAUGAUGGACCAGGAGUUUUACAGAAGACACGGUGCAGCUGAUAUGAAAGAUGAUAACAGUACGAGCAAGACUCUGUCCGCUGCCGCUCGGAGGUCAUUCUUCCGUCGGAGGCUGAAGCACAAACGUAGUGGAUCAAAAGACGGGAAAGACCUGAUGGCUCUGGACGCCAUAAGCACAGACUCUCUACCCAUCACAGAGGACGGUGUCAGCUUGAUGUACCAGCGGGUUCAGAAAGUGGAUUGCCUGUCCCCCAGACCAGUUCUGAUCUUGGGUCCUUUAGUAGAGGCUGUCAAGGAUAUGCUGGUGAAGGAGUCUCCUGCUAAGUUCUGUCGCUGUCUGCCAGAAAUCAUGAAGGCAUCUCAGCAGGCGAUAGAGAGAGGAGUUAAGGAUUGUGUGUUCAUUGACUUCAAACGGAGAAGUGGCCAUUUUGAUGUGACAACUGUUGCAUCGAUAAAAGAGAUUACAGAGAAGGAAUGUCACAGUUUACUUGACAUUGCUCCUCAUGCCAUCGAACGUCUCCACAGCGUUCACAUCUACCCAAUCGUCAUAUUCAUUCGCUACAAAAAUGCCAAGCAGAUAAAGGAGCAGAAGGAUCCUCUGUACCUGCGGGAUAAAAUCUCACAGAAACAUUCCAAGGAGCAGUUUGAGGCGGCACAGAAGGUCGAGCAGGACUACAGCCGCUUCUUCACAGGCGUCGUUCAAGGAGGCAGCGUCUCCUACAUUUGCACUCAGAUCGUGACGGUUGUGGAGCAGGAGCAGAAUAAAGUCCUCUGGAUUCCAGAUGGAGCUCCAUAGAAAUGUCACCUCUUUCAACAUGUCACUCCAAAACAUUACUUAGUCGUCUUUCUUCUUCUUCUUAACAAAAUACAUCGAUAUGCUGCGCACAGCUGAUGGCACACUUAAUAUCAGCACUGAUAAUGAUCAUGCAAUGUUCCCACUACAUUAGUGAUGUACUGUAUAUGGAUAGAUUUGUUUACACUAGUAUUUGAUACUUGAAUGUUUUAAUCUCCCUCAUAUCUCGUAGCACUCAAAUAAUCCCUCUUCCUCUCAUGAAUAUUGGACCACGACAAGUUUUCACUGGUGCAAACAGACCUUUUUGAUAAAGUUGGAAGGACCCUUCAUUCUCUGUAUUUAUAUACAUUUCCUCACCAUUUAUUUGAUCUAAUCACAUUUAAGAUAUUCCUUGUGAACCUAAUGUUUUAUGACUGUAGUUGUCUAGAUAAUAGGAUAUUUUCCAAUUAAUGUCCUUAUUUAUAGAGAAGAAGCUAGUUUCUGUCAUAUAAUGCAGUCUUAUUUUUUUUUUCCUCAUCUGAAGCACAGUUUUCAUUUCACUUCUCAAACAUUACUUUGUGCCAAGCUAAGUUUAUUUGUUCUUGUUUUCUUUUGUUCUUGUUGGAUAUAUCCAUGUUUCAUUAUAAAUAAUGCAGCAAUUUUGCUAGUGUCACCAAUUUUCCCUGCUCAUGUUUUUUACUGGUACUGCCAAUGCAUUUCUUUAUUGUGAAAAAUUCUUUAAGAAGGGACAUUUUAUUUCUAAUUCAUGGCUGGUUGAUGGUUAAAGACACUCACCUGUUGAAUCCCACUGACCUAUUCAAUCUUUAAAAUCUAAUAAAACACUUGACACUUGAUCAGGUCUCCACUAAAUGAAGGUUAAUAUUUAUCUUAAAUAUUAAAACGAAGUUCAA